AUGCAAAUCAUCCUCGUCGGGCCGAACUCCGAGGGCGGCACGGACCGCAACAACACUCUCCGCGCCGGGUCGGUGUUUCACGUCGUGGAGCUCCUCAUUUCCACUUCGGAAUUAUUCGCACCCGGUGCAGAUCAGCCCGACGAAGUCGAAGAUGGUGAUCGAAGAAACACCGAGGCCGAUUCCCCCGAUCCCUCCGAUGCUCGACGGGAGGUCGAACUGCGGCACCCACCGACGUCUGACAUCCGCACGCCCUCGCGUGCACGCCCACAUCCUCUGACACGCCCCAGACGGCCACUCCGCGUCUCGGCACGCCGGCUUCGGGAACCGGCAGGCCUGAAGGUCAGGGUUCGCGCACGGAACAUUCGGCUCCGCCUGCAACCUUUCCCGAAAGCAUUUCUCCAUGCACUGCCAGAUCCCAGCAUCCCUGCAGUCCUCAUCCAGGAUGCAGGGAUCCUCUUUUCUGCUCUGUUUCUCGACGAUCUCGGGGCGAAUCUCUCGUGACGGUGUCGUCGAGCAGGACGAUCUGCUCCGGCUCGAAUGCGCUCAAAAUUGCGAAAUGUAUGGUCGAUGGC